AUGAAAGAGGCGAUCAGAAUGGUACUCAAAUCCAUUUUCGAUCCCGAGUUUCCAGACACAUCGCACUUCCGCUCGGGUCGAGGCUACCACUCGGCCCUAAGACAGAUCAAAGAAAAGUGGGGAACCUCUCGCUGGUUUUUGGAAUUCGACAUCAGGAAGUGUUUUCACACCAUCGACCGACAUCGACUCAUCCCCAUCUUUAAGGAAGAGAUCGGCGACCCCAAACAACAUCUACCUACACAAGCUCGAUCAGGAGAUAGGGAGGAUCCAACAGAAGUACGAAUUCCGAUUGUUCGGAGAAUAAGAUCGGUUCUAUUAAGGACAGGUCGUAUUGAUGACCAAGAAGACUCUGGAGAAGAAGCAAGCUUCAACCCUCCCCAAGACAACAAAGCCAUCAUUGUGGGGAGGGUAAAGAGCAUCCAACGCAAAGCGGCCUUUCAUUCCCUUGUUUCGUCGUGGCACACCCCUCCCACAAGCACCCCCCGGCUCAGGAGGGACCAAAAAAGGUCUUUCGUUUUCCCCCCUGAGUCGGCCCUUGUCGCCUUCCUUAACAAGACCUCGAGCUUCCUUUGCGCCGCCUUCCUAAUAGAAGCCGCCGAGUUGACCCCGAAGGCCGAAUUCUAUGAGCUGGGCGGGGAGGCGAUACUAGUUAUCAGGUCAGAGAGAGGCCUGGCCCGUAAGCUUGCCCCCUUAAAAAGCCAUUACUUAAUAAGGAUUUGUUAUGCGCGAUAUGCCGACGACUUACUACUGGGAAUCGUGGGUGCCGUAGAGCUUCUCAUAGAAGUAAAAAAACUUCUCGCCCACUUCCUACAAUCCGACCUGAACCUUUGGGUAGGCUCUGCAGGAUCAACAACAAUAGCUACACGGAGUACGGUAGAAUUCCUCGGUAUGGUCAUUCGGGAAGUCCCUCCGAGGAUGACUCCCAUACAAUUCUUGCGAGAGCUGGAGAAGCGUCUACGAGUAAAGCACCGUAUACAUAUAACGGCUUGCCACCUACGCUCCGCCAUCCAUUCCAAGUUUAGGAACCUAGGUAAUAGUAUCCCGAUCAAAGAGCUGACGAAGGGGAUGAGCGGAACAGGGAGUCUACUGGACGCGGUUCAACUAGCGGACACUAUUGGAAUAGCUGGAGUAAGAAGUCCCCAAGUGAGCGUAUUAUGGGGGACCAUCAAGCACAUCCGGCAAGGAUCAAGGGAGAUCUCGUUGUUGCAUAGCUCAGGUCGGAGUAAGGUGCCAUCGGACGUCCAACAGGCAGUCUCACGAUCAAGCAUGAGUGUCCGGAAGUUGUCAUUAUAUACUCCCGCGGGUCGAAAGGUGGCGGGGGAAGGAGAGGGAGACUGGGCGAGAUCUAUCAGAAGGGAAUUCCCCAUACAAAUAGAGGUGCCGCGACAACCUUUACCAAGUCCGAACGAUUGUCGACCACCAGAUCCACUGGUCUGCAAUAUUCACCCCGGCCCACAAGCACAAAUCCUCGGUGCGGAAUAUAAUCCCAAAGGUGUGAUACCACCACCUAUCAGGCCCGACGAGCGGUCCACGGAGCUGCAUCCCUACUCACCUGGUCCAUGCACAUCGCUCUCUCCAGGAGGAGUCCGCUUUCUUCGCACUCAUGAAAACAACCUGAAGCUGGAGGGACCAGGAACUAGUGGGAGUGGGAGCCAAAAUAGGGAAAGAGCACUGGAAGUCACAGUAGCAGGCAUCAUAUUAAGUUUGGCGCUAACGGAAUCCAUUUCGAGCAAAGGUAUUCUCAUAUCACGGACAAGCCGGAUCAUGAAGAAGGGAAAAGAGAGGAAGUCUAGCGCCAGUCCUAAAAGGAAGAUGCUUUGGGGCAUUCGAUAUUUGUGUUUUUCUUUGCUGGCAGGAAUGACAAGCGCUUGCAUUUGGCAAGUAUCUUCCGAAAGUGGAAAUGAAAGUAGUCUUCCGGCUUUGGAUACUUCCUCGAGCAGUGAAUCAUUGGCUACGUUUAGAGCCGAAAUAGCGGCUGAUAACGAAGCUGAGAUUUAUGCUUGCAUACGGAGUCUCCAGAGCUGUGAUUACUACAACCUUCCUCCCCAGAAUAAUCCCGGGGAGUAUGAGGGGCUUGUUCACAAUAACUUCGAGCAAGCUAUUGAUGUGCCCCAUUAUAGGGCCAUACUUGAUAGAGAAUAUUUUGAACUCACAGUAUUAGAAAGAAAGGGUCUAUUACAAGAUAGGCUCUUCGAUCUUAUGUUUGGUGAGCAAAAGAUUUAUCGUAUCAUGGAACUUUCGCCAUAUACGAAUAUAAGAGUUGAGGCGUACGACUUCCUUGAGGGUAAGGUGGAGCCGGUGAGCUCUUUGCAACAUUCCUUCCAACGGGAUAUCAUGGACGGGAGUCUGAAUUUCUUUAUUCAGGAUAUAAACCAAAGCGGUAGAAAUUCACAAAUAUACCGUGAAUUCUACUCCCACUUUACCGAUGAGGGAUUCCUCCUCAAGCGGUAG